GAUAGGGUGUCUUUUAAGUGUUUGGACUGCAACCUAUAGGCUACUCUUCCAGUUAGGCCAAUUGCAUAUGAAUCUGAUUUAGUCAGUUAUUGGACAAUAAUAAACAAUUUUCUAAUUUGGAUGAAGAUGUUAAACUAGCACAUUUUUAUUGGAGUGGUCAGUAAUUGAUUUUGAAGCAAUUGUUGCACCGCGCUGCGUUGGACGCGCAGGUUUAAGGUGCAAUGGAUUCCCUGGGGACCAGCCUACUUUCACUUGCAUCAUACUGGAGAGACCGGCUUGUCAAACCACAGGUUCAUUCGCACAUAGGCUGUGGUAAAGCAUACACCGGGGCUUAGGCAACCGCUAAAUAGUUAUUGAAAUGAAACUGAAUGACUGAGUUGACAAAUAUGCCACAAUAAAUAUCAAAUAGUAUUAUUAGGCUAUUUCCAUAAAAUCAGGAGUUAUGGAUCGACUUGGUAAAUGGAGUUUGAAACCGAUGAAGAUGGAAGUGGAAUUGGAGGAUGAUUUUUAUUUGGAUUAUGAUGCGUUAGAAAUAUCUGAUUAUCAAGACCCCAAUGAACUUUUAGCUGCUUUGAAACAAAAGGAGAAAGACGUCAUUUUGGCGGCCCAGCUGGGAAAUGCAUUGCUUUUGGAAAAUCGUCAGUUGAAGGACCAGAGCGACAAACUUCAUGAACAGUAUGCAGACAAACUUGAGGAGCUGGAGCAGGGCAGGCACGAACUGCAGGUGAAGCUGGAGGGGUGCCAGUCUGGGUGGGUGAGCCAGGUUGGGGACCUGGAGAAAGAUGUGAGGGAUCUGAGUGGCCAGGUGGACAGGCUGACCCAGGCCCUGACCGAUGCAGACAGGGACAGGACCAGGGCCCAGGAAGAACACGCAGAACACACCCAGUGCCUCAGAGAACAGCUCAGCACAACGAUGGAGGUGGAGAGGGCGAUGACCAGUGAGCUGCAGACCCUGAAACAGGAGCUUCAACAGAAAGGCCACCACAACAGACCACAGGAGGAGGAGCUGCUUAGUGCCAUGAGGGAGCAGGUGGUGCGUCUGUCCCAGAAGGAGCAGGCUCUAGAGGAGCAGCUGGAGAGUGUGUGUCAGGAGAACGCAGACCUACGCGACAGACUGGCCUCCCUACACACACGCUUAGCUCUACAGGACCAACACAACCAGCAGCAGAGCCAACAGCUGGCGGAAGCAUGGCAGGAGGCUGCGGCGGCGAGGGGGCGUUCCCAGCAGCUUCAGGUCCAGGUGGAGGAGCUGCAGGAGGAGGUCUACCUGCAGGACAGGAGUAACCAUGGAAACACAUCCCUACUGUCUGAGCUGGAGACCAGUCUAGACACCAUGGGCCUGGGCCAUGACAGAGAACAGAUGACCCAGGAGGUUCUGUCUAUCCUGGUGCUGCUGCGACCCCUGAUCCAGGUAGUGAAGACUCCAGAGAGAUCAGAGAUUAUAGGUCAGGAGGAAGGAGACCUGCAGGCCAUGCUGCUCCAGUUACAUGGUGUGGCUCAGAAACUGGCCAACCACACCCAUAUCCCUCAGAUCUCCCAGCUGCAGGAAGAGAAUGCUAAGCUGAGGCUGAGGCUCGGAAACAGACAGGAUGAAGAAGAGGUGACCCAACAGGCCAUCAGAGACAGAGAUGAAGCCAUAGCUAAGAAGAACCUGAUGGAGGCGGAGCUGGUGAGGAGUAAGAACGACAUGAUGUGUCUGAACAACCAGCUGCUGGAGGCUAUCCAACGCAAGCUGGAGCUGUCUCAGGAACUAGAGGCCUGGCAGGAUGACAUUCAGAUCAUCAUCAACCAGCAGCUGAGGACCCAGCAGCAGUCGGAGCAGGUCCAAAGAAAGCCUGCCUCCAACCCCAUGUCCUUCUGGAGGAGACCCAACACAGCUUCCUCCACCAGGCCCCGCCGGCCCUCCUCCUCCCCUGCCUCCUGGACCUCUGAGGCUGGGCAAGAGAAGCCCCAGUCCCCCUGGAGAGACUGGCUCCGACCGGGCAAGGUGGCACAGCCUGGCAAAUAGUGAGCUGGUAUGUCUGUUGCCUCACCGUGGAGGACUGGCACAUAGCAAAGAACUGUCUUGACCAGCUGCCCGUUGAAGAAGUCGAGUCGUCAAGGCAGGAACAAGCUGGUGGAACACUACUGAGUGGAACUAUCUGUCUUGGUAGAUAGAGUACCAAGUAGAACAGGACAGGCCGAACACUCAGUUAUGUAGGAGACUUCAGUAGAGUAUUAGAAUUCAAGACCAUGGUGUGUUGGAAACAAGGACCAGAUAAGAGCCCUAAUGGACAAAGAGCUAUCAAUAAGUAGAUAGUAGUUUCCCCACUGUCACUGAGAAGAACCUAAGCACAUAAAAAGCAUGUUAGAGCGGUUAAAGAUUAGCAUGGUAACUACUAGCAUGGCUAGGGAGUCACACACUAUUAUGGUGAGAGUCACGACAAGGAAAGAUGGUUAUAAGUUGUGCUUUAUAAUUAUGUUUUUUAUUGGGAAGUCGUUGAUGCCUGAGAUUGUAAAUGUAUGUGUGAAUGUCAAUGUUUGUAAGAAUACUGACAGUAUUUCCUCAGACUAUUUAUUUCAUCCAACCUUUAUUUAGGCAAUGUACAGACAGACUGGAGGGAAAUGAGUUGAUAGAUUGACUGGACUCUGAUAAUAAGACAUGAUGAAGUUAGUAUUCACCUAUAAUCAUGUUGUAAAGAUUUAGCUAUUUAGAAACACAGUAAGAUGAUAUCAGAUCUAAGUGGUAUUCCAUUCACUACAGUCUGUUCAAAAGAUGUAACAAUAUUACAUGUUGCCUGCUGUCUAUGCAAAAUGGUUUCCAUUAUGUAUCCAGAGAAAACAGCCUUUAGUAGAAAAUAACCAAAUAUACAAUAGGUGCUAAUAAAUAAACCCAUGAUAUACAGUAUGUCAUGGGUUCUCAUGUGAAAUAUUAUGUGAACUAGAUACAAUAUGAUUUAUGUCCAAAAUGCAUUUCAUGCAUUGUAUUCUUACCUUAUGGGUCUUUUUGCCACAUAACUGAAGGGGACAUUUUGGGGGAAGGGUGCAAUAUAGAUAAACUCUAACUAGGAUGGCCAUAUAAGGUCAUACUUAUUUUGUUCACAGUGCCAGAACAAUCUUUUAUUUAAUUUUUUGGAAUCUGAUGGACAGAAUGCAUGCAAUAUGUUGUCAACACAUGAAGUAAGGUCUGUUCUGUUGUUUAUUGACAUUUGCUAUUUGUUUAUUUACAUUUUGGUUUUAAUUGGCAAAAUCAGUAUGUCCUCAGAGUAUUUGAUUUAGUGAAAAACAGAACAAUGCUGAUUGAAUGACUGAAAACAUCUAGUACUUGCAACUCUUAUUACAGAAUAAAUAAUGCAAAUGUUUUGAUUCAUAUUACUAAUGGUUGUAAUAUAUGAAUUAUCAAAGUGCAUGCAUGAUGUGUAUCAUGAUGUAUGUAGUUUAUGGAUUCUAAAUGUAGAUGACAUUUAUGUAUUAGUGAACACAAUGUCCUUUACACUGAAAAUAAAGUCAUUUUUCAUACUUGA